UCAAUAAUUAUUGUUCCCUGUCAACAGAAAAAGAUGAAGCUACGAAGUUCCUUUCUGAACACGGUGCUGCUUUUCCAGGCCGUGCUCCUAUCUUGCACACGGGCCAAGUCCAUUCACACAUCAGGGGAGGACGAUCACACACCAGGAGAAAACGAAGCUACUUUGGCUAACGCUUCGCUUAUUGACGCCAGCCGCACACAUCUGAACGGAAAUGCUGACGUUCAGAACUUCCGGCCCCUCGAAAAAACGCCUCCUUCUGCGUGGACCCCGCCUCCCGGCUGUGUCAAGGACGCUUCAUCGACGACACGCUCCGAGCCGUCCGGUGUGCGGGACAGAGACCAAUCACGAGCCCGCGAUUCCGCCGACACACUUCUACGUCACGGCGCUGCCAAGUCUGAAGAGCCGUCUUGGAAGGAUGAACACGACAACCAGGCCUUUACCUCGCUUUUCGGGACGGACUACUUGGACGCGGAAGACAUUCGAUCUUAUCUCCAUCUUCACCAUCCAUGCGAAACCACGUUUCUGCAGUCGCUUCGUGCAAACUCCCAGUCUCUUCCGACAAGUGAGGAAUAUGUCGGGUUAUCUGACGAAGCAAAGGUUUCCCCCGGGUUGUACCACGGCAACUGCACCCUUUCGGCCAACAACCUCGCCAACUGCACAGGCCUCCAGUACCAGAGCGUUCCUAAGGACCUCCCUCCAAGCAUAAAAAAGCUCGUUCUUCGUCAGAACGUAAUUCGAGAUUUGGGAAAUGGCUCCUUCUUGCCCUAUCCUAACCUUGAAUGUCUGGAUAUCUCCAGUAACCGGCUGAAGUUGCUGGAAAAUGGCGCGUUUGUUGGGCUCUCUCGUCUGAUACUGCUCAAGCUCUGGAACAACACACUCCGCCUGCACAAUGACACCUACCCUGACGACGUGUUCCGCCCGUUGGAGUCACUGAAAAGCUUAUACUUAAAUAAAAAUAACCCCAACCUGAAGCAUCCAGAACGCCAGCUGAUGUACCCAGGAAAAGCUUUGUCUGUAUUACAAAACUUGACGGAACUAUUUAUAGACGGUAUCCCACACCCUAGGCUCGACUCCAACUUCCGUAAUAUGACGUCAUUGAAGCAUCUACUGAUGGCCGGCUACCUCACGGGGGAUUGCAUGAUGCAUGCUCUGUUCAACGACUCUUUUAUAAACGUUCCCUACCUUGAGUCUCUCAAUUUGGCCGACUGCAAUAUUUUGGGGACACAUAUUGAGGCUGGCGUUCUCGAGCCUUUAGAAAAACUAACAUGGCUGAGUAUAAGCCAUAACGAAGACAUCUACCUCAUCAACUUGUGGAAAGUGUUUUACGGUCUGCGCAACAGCCAAAUCAAGAAGCUGUACAUGCAGACACUGAGCAAUCGGCACACUCUGGGCAUCUGCAUGUUCCACGAGAUGCUGGCCUACUUGCCGAGAUCCCUGGUGCACAUCUCGGCAGACGAGAACAACAUAGAGGCGGUGGACAGGCACCUCAUCAGGAACUUGCCCCCGGGGCUCAAAACCCUCUCACUCAGUGGCAACCGCUUUGUGUUCGGGACCUACCUGUUAGACCUACACAGACUGACCAGUUUAACCUCCCUCAUGCUCAACGGCGGUCGCUACAUGUAUCACUUGCCAACGGUUUACCCCUACCGGUACAAGCCGAACAUUCAGCCCAUCUUCAAAGAUAUGACUUGUGAUUUAUACGAACGUCUUCCAGACGAUCCGAUUAUUGCGCCGGAAGACGAUCUAAAUUUCAAUCGAGAAGCAGACGAUCCGAAUUUCUCGCGAGCAGACGUCAUCGUAAACAUCAAACCGAAGCCGUUUGUGCUCAACCUGCCUCCCAAGCUGACGCGUAUUCACAUGAACAUGGCCGGACUCAAUUACGUGAUUUCCAGACUUUACGUUAACCCCAAUAAUACGGUGGAGUCUAUUAAGCUACAAAAUAAUCGAGUAAAGCUGUUGGAAGGGCCCGUCUACGGCCUUCAUUCCCUGGGUUGGUUUGACGCCUCCGCCAGUUUCAUAGAAUAUAUUUCCGAUUACUUUUUUGACGAAAUGCCCGCUCUGAAAUAUCUUAAUCUCAAUAGUAAUUUGUUAGGGAAUUUGUUCUCCUCACAAAACAGAACAAAGAUCCUGAAAAAAAACAAAAAACUCAAAGAGCUUAAUCUGUCAUACAAUUUGAUCCGGAUUUUCCCUAGCGAUUUUCUGCUCGGACUGACAGAAAUAGAAGUUCUUUUAUUCCAAGGCAACCCCCUUUCAUUUUUCCAGAUUGAUAUUUCUGGGAUGAAAAACUUGCAGGUUCUCGACCUGAGCGGGACAAGGGUUAAGUUUUUAUCUCCCGGCACGAGACAGACUCUGGACAGCCUAGGGACUUCUGUCAGCGUGGACAUGACGGCGUGUCCGAUCUUCUGCGACUGCAAAAACUUGAACUUUCUCCGCUGGAUGACAACAUCUCCAGCUUUUAACAAGGCCUUCAAGAACUACAUGUGCCUCUAUCCGGACUCGUCGAUGAAGAAGAUCACGGACGGCUACAACAGCACGCUGGAGAUCCUCAACAGGGAGUGCGCGAACAACAUGUUUCAGUUCAUCAUCAUACUCUCAUUGUCCGUGGCCUUCCUCGCAGUCAUCAUGGGGGGCGUCGUCUAUCGUUUCCGCUGGAAGCUCCGCUACUUAUACUACGCCGCCAAAAUCCAAGUGGGCAAGAAAUCGGAGGAGAGCGGCGCCCAGAAAACAUUUGACUACGACGCGUUCAUCUGCUACGCCGCGGAGGACCAGAGUUUCGUUGCCGACACGCUGUUGCCGGAGAUGAGUAAACGCGGCCUUAGGCUCUUCAUCCACGGCCGCGACUUUGUGGCCGGAGAGUACAUCACUGCCAACAUCGUCAAGGCCGUGUCUCAGUGCCGCCGGACCGUGGUGCUGCUCACCAAAAACAUGGUGGACAGCUACUGGUGCGGCUAUGAGCUACAGAUGGCCACAAUGGAGGCUCUGCAUACCGACAG